UGAGACGGUCUAAGCGGAAGCAUCUUACAGCCAUCGACUGCCAACAUUUGGCUCGGAGUCACUUGGCUUUGACCCAGCCCUUCGGUCAAAGAUGGACAAACAGAGAUCCAAACCACGGUCUCUAUCCUAGACCCAGAACAAAAAGAGGGAGUAGAGGUCGAGAAUGUCAAAGAUACAUCACUGAAUUCUUUCAAUCUGGCCAGCAGCAGUGCACCAGUGAUAUGGCCAAAAGCAAUUCUGUUGGCCAGGACAGCUACAGGGGCUCUGAGGAUGAAAUGAUUUUUCCUGCAGAGGGCAGUUAUGCCCUGUCUCACGAAGGUGAUGGGGAAGUUAGAUUGAACUCUUCAAGUUCUAGUCUGCCUUCAAGAAAACGGUCUCGAUACUUUGAGGAAGACAGUAAUCAAGUUACAGGGACCAGCCAAUGCGAUGGAGUUUCUAAGAAAAUCGCAAGGCAUCAUUUGUCCCUGUCAUGCCAAAAACCUAAGGGAAUUAGGCAAGAAGCAGGGGAUUAUUUGUCACAGCUCUCUGUACAGUGUGAAGAAACUAACCAAGAAGUUGAGGACAUUAGUCCUGAUGUCAUUCCUGACACACACUAUGGUCUUCUUGGGACCUUGUCCUGUCAUGAACCCUUGGGUCUCAUUUGCAGCCUGCCUAGUGAAGUCUUGAGACAUAUCUUUGCUUUCCUUCCUGUGGAAGAUCUCUACUGGAACCUAAGCUUGGUGUGCCGCCUUUGGAGGGAGAUAAUCAGUGAUCCAUUGUUCAUUCCCUGGAAAAAGCUGUAUCAUCGCUAUUUGAUGAAUGAAGAACAAGCGGUCAGCAAAGUGGAUGGCAUCCUCUUGAACUAUGGCAUUGUGAAGGAGUCAGACUUGUGUGUGUUGAACCUCAUACAAUAUAUCGCCACCACUAAAUGCUCCCCAAGUGUAACUCCUGAAAGAGUGUUAUGGAGCCUGAGGGAUCAUCCUCUCCUACCUGAGGCAGAGGCUUGUGUGCGUCAACACCUCCCGGAUCUCUUUGUUGCUGCUGGGGAUGUCAACGUGUGGGCUCUGGUAGCAGCCAUUGUUCUCCUUUCCAGCAAUGUGCAUGACAUCCAGAGACUGCUUUUCUGCCUCCGGAGACCUAGUUCCACGGUGACCAUGCCAGACGUCACCGAGACUUUGUACUGCAUAGCUGUGCUUCUUUACGCCAUGAGAGAGAAGGGAAUUAACAUCAGCAAUAGGAUUCACUACAACAUUUUCUAUUGCCUAUAUCUUCAGGAGAAUUCCCGUACUGAGAUUUCAAAAGUCAAAGAGGAACCACCUAUUUGGCCAGGCAAGAAAAAAACCAUCCAUCUUACAAAUGAACAACAGCUGAUUCUGAACCAUAAGAUGGAACCUCUGCAGGUGGUAAAAAUUAUGGCAUUUGCAGGCACUGGAAAGACUUCUACUUUGGUCAAAUAUGCUGAGAAGUGGUCUGAGAGCAGAUUUCUCUAUGUGACAUUCAACAAGAGCAUCGCAAAGCAGGCUGAAUUAGUCUUCCCCAGCAAUGUCAUCUGUAAAACCUUUCAUUCCAUGGCCUAUGGACACGUUGGGCGUAAGUACCAAUUAAAGAAGAAAUUGAAUCUCUUCAAGUUAACACCCUUCAUGGUCAAUUUUGUCCUUGCUGAAGGGAAAGGUGGAUUCAUAAGGGCCAAGCUAGUAUGUAAGACUUUAGAAAACUUCUUUGCCUCUGCAGAUGAAGAAAUAACUAUUGAUCAUGUGCCUAUUUGGUGUAAAAAUAACCAAGGCCAGAGAGUCAUGGUCGAACAGAGUGAAAAAUUGAAUAGUAUCCUUGAAGCCAGCCGACUUUGGGACAAUAUGCAGAAAUUGGGGGAGUGUAAAGAAGAGGCUUACCAAAUGACUCAUGAUGGCUAUUUGAAACUUUGGCAGCUGAGUAAGCCUUUGCUUGCCUCUUUUGAUGCUAUCUUUGUGGAUGAGGCCCAGGACUGUACUCCAGCUAUCAUGAAUAUAGUUCUCUCUCAGCCAUGUGGAAAGAUCUUUGUCGGGGACCCACACCAACAGAUCUAUACCUUCCGUGGUGCAGUCAAUGCUCUGUUUACAGUCCCACAUACUCAUGUCUUCUAUCUGACUCAGAGUUUCAGAUUUGGUGUGGAAAUAGCUUAUGUGGGAGCCACUAUCUUGGAUGUCUGCAAGAGAGUAAGAAGAAAGACUUUAGUCGGAGGAAACCAUCAGAGUGGCAUUAGAGGUGAUACACAGGGACAAGUGGCCCUUUUGUCUCGAACAAAUGCCAGUGUGUUUGAUGAGGCCGUUCGAGUGACUGAAGGAGAUGCACCCUCCAGGAUACAUUUGAUUGGGGGGAUUAAAUCAUUUGGAUUGGACAGAAUCAUUGAUAUUUGGAUCCUUCUUCAACCAGAGGAAGAACGGAAGAAACAAAACCUUAUCAUUAAAGACAGAUUUAUUAGAAGAUGGGUGCACAAAGAAGGCUUUAGUGGCUUAAAGAGGUAUGUGACUGCUGCAGAAGAUAAGGAGCUUGAAGCAAAGAUUGCAGUGGUUGAAAAAUAUAACAUCAGGAUUCCAGAACUGGUGGAAAGGAUAGGAAAGUGCCACAUAGAAGAUUUGGACUUUGCAGAAUACAUUUUGGGCACUGUGCACAAAGCCAAAGGCUUGGAGUUUGAUACUGUGCAUGUCUUGGAUGAUUUUGUGAAGGUGCCAUGUGCCAGGCAUAAUCUUGCACAGCUUCCCCACUUCAGAGUUGAGUCAUUUUCUGAGGAUGAAUGGAAUUUACUGUAUGUUGCAGUAACUCGUGCCAAGAAGCGUCUCAUCAUGACCAAAUCAUUGGAAAACAUUUUAACUUUGGCUGGGGAGUACUUCUUGCAAGCAGAGCUAACAAGUAAUGUUUUAAAAACAGGAGUGGUUCACUGCUGUGUGGGGCAGUGCAACAAUGCUAUUCCUGUAGACACCGUCCUCACGAUGAGAAAACUCCCAAUUACUUAUAGCAACAGGAAGGAAGACCAGGGUGGCUACUUCUGCCACUCCUGUGCUGAGCAGCGCAUAGGGCCUUUGGCAUUCCUGACUGCCUCCCCGGAGCAGGUGCACUCCAUGGAGCGCACCAUUGAGAACCUAAUGCUGCCCAGACAUGAAGCUUUGCUCUUCCUUGUCUUCUGA